AUGCUCAGCGGGGUCGUCCUUCUCUACGCGGCGCACGCUGUCGUGGCGCUGGCGCCUGCUCGGGCUACGGCCACGGCUAGGCACGCCUCCGUCCAUGCACAGAGCGAGCCGGCGGCGGCGGCUCGCGAGCCGAUCGCCUACUACCGCGACCCGGACGACGCGUACUUUGAGAAGCUCGCGAAGCUGCCUCCGGUCGACGAGGCCGCGGUGGACGCUCUGGUGGCCGAGCGCUCGCGGCUGCGCGCCGCUUUUGAGUACGACGCCGCCGACGCCGUCAAGGCGCAGAUCCUGGCGCUCGGCGUCACGGUGGUGGACGUGCGCGGGCAGGAGGCGUGGUACGUCACGCCGCGCCACUCGCGCACGCUCGAGGCGGCCGAGGCGGCCGAGGUGGAGGAGGGGCGGGCGGCGUCGGCGUCGCCGCGGCGGAAAGGCGGGCGCGACCUCGGCCCGCGCGGGCACGACUUCGAGCGGUCGGGCGGCGGGGCCAAGGGCAAGGCGGGGCAGGCGCUCGAGGCGCUGGGCAUACGAGUGUGCGACGCGACCAAGCGGUGGCGCGCGGACGGCGAGGCGUUUGGCAGCGGCUACGAGCGCACAGUCGGCGACGGCGACGAGGACGUGCCGGCGCUCGACACGGCCCCCAUCGAGCAGCUGCUGCUUGCGAGGGCGCGCGCCAAGCAGGCGCGCGACUUUGGCAAAGCGGACGCGCUGCGGGGCGAGCUGCGCGCGGCCCACUCGGUGAUCGUCGACGACCAGCGGCGCGCGUGGCGGCGGGUGCGGUUGUACGGCGACUAUUACCGCGUCGGCCCGCGCGUGGGCAAGGCGGAGCCAAAGAUCGGGAAGCUGCUCACCACGCUCUCCCAGGCGGCGAGCGGAGAGAGGGCGGCGCUGCUCGAGGAGCUCGGCGCGAUGGGCGUGCAGGUCGACGAGGGGCGCGGGACGUGGCGCCGGCCUCGGCGCACGCCGGAGGAGCUCGCCGCGGCGGCGGCGCUGCGGGGGGAGGCGGAGAGCAAGUAGGCCUGUGUCUGGCUGCUGGCUCGCGGGCGUCGCGAAAAAAAGAAAGAGAACGCGGCCGCCGCGUUAAAGAAAGAAAGAAAA